AUGGAGGUUCUAGAGAGGGAGGGCCACAGCGGUCCCCCGUUAGUAGACCAUCUGCCGAUUCCCGAAACGGAGGAGCUGCUGCUGCACCCGCCUCCCGACUUCCACGCGUCGCACGACGGCGCUUUCUCCCCUUAUUCAGUGCGCUCUCCGCGCUCUCCGCAGCAACAGCCGCACUCUUCCCCCCCCGCCAGGCGCGCGCGGGGAUCGCGCGGUCAGUAUAGCGAGAUUAGCGAGGAGGAUUAUAGCGAGGAUGAGGACAACGAUGGGGAUAGCCUUUUGGAUCCGUCAGGGAAGCGAGGGAAGCGACGUCGACCGUUCGAUUUGGAUUUAGAUCGACCGCUGGGGCCUAGUUCGUAUUCGUCUUCGUCGCUCGCGUCGCUCUGCUCCGAUGCGAUUUGGCUCAGAUGGCCUGUAAUCGCAGCCGUUGCAGUAAUCAUCCUCGUUAUAAUCUUCCUCACUUCCCCUGCAGCAGUGUCCCCCACCACAACUACACCCCCAUCGGACGGCUCAGAUUCUUUUUAUCCGUCUGAUCUGGACGGCACAGGAACCGGCUCAUCGCGAGAACCUAGAGGUUACCAUCCGUUACCAGUCGACUCGUUUAAAGGCGUAGACGCGUCCACUCUAGAUCCGUCAACGUUACCGUCAGGCGGACGGGGAGCGGGUGGAGGUGAUUGGGGAACCGGCGCUGGCGGAAACUGGGGUGGCGGAAAACCGGGGGAAGACCCGCAAGAGGGGCUGUAUCCGGACGCUAAGCCUGCGCGGGGAGGGGGAAGAUGGGGGAAAGCGGGCGCGGGGGCAGGCGCGGGCGGCGGGGGACAUUUGGGUGAAGAGGCGGCGGAAGUGGAGGAUUAUAGGGACUCCGCGGGGGUGGGGCGGGAGGGGGAGGUGGUGGGGGAGGAUGCCAAGAAGAAGAGGAGCCGACUGGAUGACGAGGUGGUGACGUGGCGAGGCGCGCCGUGGAGAUUCGACGUUGGUGAUUGGCUGAGCAGCUGCAAUGGGGAGUCGGGGGUGAUCAAGACCGUGGAGGUGGGUGCGGGGGGGAAUAAGGAGGGAGGUGGGACUGGGGGAAGGGGAGGGUGCGGGAGGAGGGCUUCGAGGGGAGGGAAGCAAGGGGAAGAAUGGGAUUGGGUGAAGGUGCUCGAGGAGGUGUACGGCAACAAGUGCAUGCAGGACUGCAAUGGGGUGGGCACGUGUCACUACGACACUGGCCGCUGCCGCUGCCGCAUCGGAUACACAGGGGCGGACUGUUCUCACAUGGACGCGCAUCCCUGCUCCUCCCCACCCACGUCUUCUGCGGGAGUGGUGGGCGGGAGUGCGUGGGCGUGUGCGGGGGAGUGCGACCUGCACUCAGGCCUUUGCUUCUGCGGUGCUGCCUCCCUCUUCCCCCUCCGUCCCGUCCCCGACCCCUGUGGCUUUGCGCAUGACUUAGCAGCAGCGGUGGACAGAACGCGAAAGGACACGGAGGCCCUGUACGCCAACACCACGCACUACCCCGGCUGGUGCAACACCCGUCCUGAAGCAGUGGGGGUGGGCAUGGGCGGCAGCAUGGCGAUGGGCGGGGCGGAGCCGCGGGCGCGGUGCACGUGUGACUAUGACGGGGCGGUGGGGGCAUUCUGUCACGUGCCUGUGGCGGCCUUCUGUGUCAACCAGUGCUCGGGGCACGGCACGUGCAUACGAGGGCACUGCCAGUGCAACGAGGGCUGGUUCAGCGUUGAUUGCAGCGUGCCCUCCCAAGCCACAUUCGCCGACCCUCAGCUCCCGGCCUGGCUGCAGCCCUUCGACCAGGCCAAGAGGGGGAGACAGGACGAGGAGGACGGGGAGGGAGAGGGGGAGACAGAAGAAGAUGCGGAGGGAGGGGGAUAUGGUGGUGAGGGUGCUGCUGAUGGUGGGAGAAACGCUGCUGGUGAUCGGGCAGGUGCAGGGGGGGCAGGGGGGGCAGCAGGGGGAGCAGUUGGAGCAGGGGGGCGGAACGAGGUGGUGAAGCGGCGGCCGUUGAUCUACAUCUACGAUCUACCGCCGCAGUUCAACAGCAACUUGCUGCAGGGCCGGCGCGGCAAGAAGGAGUGCGUGCCUCGGCUGUAUGACCGCCUCAACCGCACCGCCUUCCUGCCCGACCAUAUCCACGGCAUGGAGAUCGCCCUGCACGAGGCGUUGCUGGCAAGCAAGCACCGCACGACCAACGCGGAGGAGGCGGAUUUCUUCUUUGUGCCCGUCUACGCCUCCUGCUUCUGCCUGCGCCUCACCAACGCCGGGGAUGCUUCCGGCAUCCAGCUCCUGCCGCACGUGCAGGGCAGCUGGGCGUGGCACGUGGCAGAGAUGUACUCAGCAGUGCACCGCCACAUCGUGCAUGCCUACCCCCACUGGAACAGAAGUCGCGGCCGCGACCACCUCUGGCCCAUGGGCACAGAUGAAGGGGCUUGUUUGGCCCCUCAAGCCAUCUGGCACGGCAGCAUGCUCACGAGCUGGGGCAACAGCAUGGCAGCUCACUCCCACUCAGUCAAGGCGGCACCGCAGCAGCGGUGGGACGACAUACCCCUGACGCUGAGGGGCGGCCACCUGUGCUACUCCGCUGCCAAGGAUAUUGUGCUGCCAGCCUGGCUGCCGCCCAAUGUGAAGCACCUGCAUGAGCAGUACUGGCUCAGGUCAUUUGAGGAGAGGGAGCACCUCUUCUAUUUCGCUGGUGACUUAGGAUCUGAGUACAAGGGGGGCUCUCCUGAUACCAGGUUCAGCUUCGGCAUUCGGCAGGCCGUGGCUCGAGAAUUCGCCUCGGUGCCAAAUAACAAGGGGCAGCUGGGGUCGCAGCAGGAGGAGGGGGUGAUUGUGACGAAUGAGAGGGGCAAGGGGCACAGCGCUCAGCUGGGCAACGCCCGGUUCUGCGGAGUCUUCCCCAGCAAUGGCUUCAAUGCUGACAUGGAAGAGGCGAUGAAGCAUGGCUGCAUCCCUGUCAUCAUUCAGGACGGCAUCCACCUGCCAUUUGAGAACGCCUUGGACUAUGCUUCAUUCUCAGUGCGCAUAGAGGAAAGGGACAUUCCCAACAUGCUCACAAAGCUCAAGGCUAUCACUGCGGGGCAUGGGAGUGCGCUGCAAGGUACAGUGCAGAAGGUGUGGCAGCGGUUGUCGUACCACUCGGUGAUCGCACAGGAGGCCAAGAGGCAGCAGGACGACUAUGGACACAACGAGGCAUGGGCUUUUGGCAUCAGCUUGCUGAAAGACGACGACGCCAUUGAUACACUCAUUGAGGUUUAUCCUACUGGAGACAUCAUGGCGAACGCGGCUCCGCUUAAUCCGUCCGCCGCGGCAAUGGCAGCAGCACAGGCUAUAGUAGCACUGCGAAAGGUCUCCAAAGCGGCCGCUAACGCCAACCUGAAAGUCCCGGAGAAUGCAGCAACUGAUGAAGCUCGUGCCUGCGAGGUUGAGCUUAGCCACUUCCGUGGCAUGGACGACCGCGAGCUUAAUCUCACGCUACACGUCACAAGCCUGACCCGAGAUAAGCAAGGUCCUGACAUCCAAGGCCUCACUGCACGACCCGUUGCAAAAAAGCAGGUAUGA